GAAAGGGUAGGUGGUUCGAGUGGCAGGUAUUGAAAGCACAAUGAGUUCCCCGCUGUCAUCCUUAGGAAAGUUGAGGAAAGUCUCGCUACAUCUCCCGGAGUUGCAGGGACACGGCAAACGAGUAGUCUGCUUUAAAGAGAACUCCUACACAGAUGAUGAGGCUGCGUUACUGAGUGAAAUCCUGCCUCCUUUACAUUGGGCACACAACUCAACUUCAUCCAAUCCCUCUUCAUCAGCAAGAUCAAAGGCAAAUGACUCAACUCCUGGUGACAAUGAGCUCAUGUCCAUAAUGACGAAACGGCUGACUAAGAUGGAGCAGCGGGUCCGAAGCCAAGCACAGGAGAUCAGCAGGAAGAAUCAGCAAAUAGCUAUGUUGGAAGAAAAGCUGAGUGUGCUUCAACAAGCCAACAAAAUAGCUGAUGAGCCCAAAAGACAACAGGAGCUAGACGGAUACCUACAGCUACAGAAUCAAGUGUGGGAAAUGGAAAAGUUCCUGAAUGAUUACGGGAUGAUCUGGGUCGGUACCAAGAAGGAUGAAACCAGCAACGUGUAUCUAAAGGAAGAAGAGGAACCUCGAGAGUACUCUGAUGCCAGUGGGCCAGUUUUGUAUCCAGGUGAUGCUGCCACAGACUCCUUCCAAAUAGAGUUUGAUUUGGUUCUACAAAAUAUCAAAGAUCUGAAUAUUCUGGCUGGUGAAGGGGAAGCUGCUGUUGAGCACGUCACGGGAGGAGCUCGGCUAAAGAGACCAGAUCCCAUACCCCUCACUCUCUUCAAAAAUGGGAUUGUGUUGUUUAAUGGUCCAUUCAGAUCAUUCAGUCAGCCUUCGACACAGCAAUGUAUGCAGGAUAUCAUGGAUGGAUAUUUUCCUUCAGAACUGCAGAGCAGAUAUCCAAAUGGAAUUCCAUUUAAGGUGACUGAUAGACGGGAUGUGAUCUACAGGGAUAGGCGAGGAUAUGUGGAGUUCCCUGGUGUAGGACAGAAAGUAGAUGCACAUCAUGAUCACAAAGGCUCCAGAAAGCAAGAUUUUGAAUUUGUAAAGGAGACAAGUGAAGUUUCAGGCAAGAAGCUAUCAGUGGAGCAGUUUCUGAACAAACUACCCAAAACCGUCAUUCGGGCUGGGAAGGCGUUCGACAUCAGGGGAGAGAUCAAAGUCCUGCUGCAGACUCCAUGUCUUCAAGCAUUGAAAGAGAGGCUGGAGGUCAGGGAGGGAACUCCCCCAACAUUGAGGAAUGUCUCCACCCUCAGGAUCAAGUCAGAGAAUGGAGAGAAGAUGUACAUCAUUAAAAUGUUUUUCUCUGAGACAGUUGGAGAUCUUCGUGCUCACCUGGACCAAGGCAGGGGAGAGCAACAGCUUGAUUACGACAUCAUCAGCACCUUCCCCCAGAGAGUCUACAGUGACCAGAGCAAGACACUGAUGGAGUACGGGCUGGUACCAAGUGCCACACUCAUCCUGCGACCACAAAGGUCCCAGAUCCUCACCCAACAGCAUGAAAUGGUCACUCCUUCUUUGCGAACACACGCCCUGACACCGCAGCUGCUCUCACACCCCCGUAUCACGUUGCGGCCAAUAAGUAACAACAGAAAACUGGAGGGACAUUCUCUCCCGACGCCACAUCUGGGUCGCAAGCACGCCGAUUUCCGCUCCUUUGUGCCAGACAGAACGCUGGAGAGGCAGCAAAACAACUACUAA